AUGCCUUCCCCAGUCUAUCUAAUAUCCAGGGUUGGCGAUCCUAUCUUUGCUCUGUUCAUCGGGGUAGGGGCAACAGUGACUCGUAUCAACAGAGAGGAAAAGGAACAAGGACAUACCUCGCAGCAAACAAUUGAUGCUGCAUUCAGGUAUGCAUUUUAAAAGUACAUCUUGCCUGGCUUCAUAUUGACUUACAUCAUGUAGAAGAAUUGGCUUUCCUCGCUCGAAUGAUCCUUUGGCGAAGAAGAAUUGAAAGUUGUGGAAGGAGCGUGGCCAGCAUGGACGGAAUACUUCAAGGAAGGCGCAUGUCAUGCUCUCCAUCUAUAUCCUUGCUGUUUGGAAGAAAUUUCGACUG